AACAAUUUUCUCCGCUCAUCUGGUAGGCAAACAAAGUAACGGUUGAAAUUUGAGAAAUAGCUUAAGAAGCAAGAAAAGGAAACAGAACUGAAGAGGACGAGAAAGAGUACAGCUGGACUAAUCAAAGCAGAGAUAGACUACUUGAGGUAAAAAAGUGAGAUAUGAGUGAAUCAUCGACUACGGAAGAAAAGCCGGCAUAUGCAUUAUUCUUUGGCGGAAUGGGCGCUGCCUCGGCCAUCAUAUUCUCGGCACUGGGCGCCGCCUAUGGCACAGCGAAGUCCGGCACUGGCAUUGCCGCAAUGGCCGUAAUGCGGCCGGAGUUAAUUAUGAAGUCCAUCAUACCGGUGGUCAUGGCUGGCAUUAUAGCCAUCUACGGCUUGGUCAUCUCGGUGCUGAUUGCCGGCUCGCUGUCGAACGACUACACCAUACGCAAGGGCUACAUUCAUCUGGCCGCUGGACUCUCAGUGGGUUUUUCCGGCCUGGCGGCGGGCUUUGCCAUUGGCAUUGUGGGUGAUGCCGGUGUGCGUGGCACAGCGCAGCAGCCACGCCUCUUUGUGGGCAUGAUACUCAUUCUGAUCUUUGCCGAGGUCCUGGGCCUGUACGGCAUGAUUGUGGGCAUCUACUUGUAUACCAAAUAAAAAAUGAAAAUGCAUUAAAA